AUGUCCAAAAAGAGAAAGAGAGAAGUCGACGUCGAGCUCGUCAAAGUUUAUGAAGACUUAGCCGACGUCCAGGAGAACGUUCGUCUCGGUGCGGCCCAUACCUUGCUCUCCAAGUUAUACAGGACAGGAAUCACCAGCCACGAGCAAACCAAGACCAUUUUGAUACGACUCUUCCGCGGGCUCUGCAGCAGCCGCAAAUCAGCCCGUCUGGGCUUUUCGGUGGCCUUGACCGAACUUCUCUCUCAGCUUGCGUCUACCCCCGCCGCGUCCCCUGAAAGCGAUGUUUCCGCCUCGACUGUCAUUGACAUCCUCGAAGCAGAAACAUUGCCAGAGAAGGGAACCUCUGGCCAGGACGAGCGCGAUCAUUAUUUCGGCAGAGUGUUUGGCACUGACGCUAUCUUGAAGUCGGGGAUACUCUUCAGUCAGAAAGCGGAUCAAAGUCAUUUCAAUCGCCUGCUAGAUAUCGUUUGUGCCUUAGCAAUCAAGAAGCCCUGGCUUCGUCAAGAAUGUGGCUGGGUGCUUUACAACUGCAUUGUAUCUGCUCAGAAUGCCCUGCCAGAGUCCUUAUCGUUAUUCAUAAGCGAAAAGCUGGUAGCGAACAAGCUCAUUCGUACGCCCGAAGGCGUGGCUAUCUGGUUAGCGACGUCUAGGCGCUUCCCGAACGCGAAAUUGCCCAAAUCAGCUUGGAAAAGUGGUCAUCCACUGGCCAAGAAAGAUGUGAAUAUACUUGCCGACAUCCUCAAAGAUGCGAGGGCUCAACAAGAGGAAGGAGAUUCCGAGCUGAACUCCCAAGGUGCUGCUAGGUGGUCUGCUAAUCUCCAUUUUGCCUGGGAGGUUGUGCUGGCCGAGACCUUCAGAAACACUCCUGAAGGGUUCGGGGUAGGGAAAGGUGCAAAAAAUAGCAUGCAAGCUGAUGACAAAAUCACUUUCGACCUGUUCUGGAAGGUCGUGGUGGAUGAAAGUCUUUUCGCCCCUGCAAGCAGCGCCGAGCGCAAAUCUUGGGGGCUCAGCCUUUGGAAAAAGGUUUGGGAGAUUGCCGCCCAAGAACUAUUGAUCUACACAUUUACACCGCAAGCGACCCGUUGUUUAGCCAACUCCCUCAAGAGCUCAGAGAGAUUUCUACAGAGGUCUGCCCAAAGGGUAUCCCAGAUCAUUCAGGCCCGCUUGACCGAGCUGGCGCCCUGGGAUCAGCGUGCCAACCUCGCCGGAACUUACGUUCGAGUACUGUUGCAGAGUGUUUCUUUCGGUGACUUUGAUCAGAUCACAAGAUCAAAAACUCUACAGAGCCUAUUCGAAGCAAGAGACACCGAUGUGCUAGAGGGCAUCAAUUCUGCUCUGACCAAUCUCCUACAGAGAUCUCUUGAAGAGGAGGACAAGAAGACGACUCUUUUGCAACAGAAGGCAGUCGUGAAUUUGCAGUGGAAGAUGGUUUCUGCAAGGCUUCGUUGCUGGGAGCAGCUACAGAUGUCUCAAGAGGACGACGUCGAGGAGACCGAGAAGGCACUUGUGUCCAGCAUACUCCAAUCAUGGCUGAGAGAAGUCUGUGUCUCACCUACUUCGCACCGUCCGGAGAAUCUCGACCAUGAUUUUCAGCCUAUACUCCUACCAGAAAUUCGCGAAUUUGCAAAAGAGCGUCUGGGUUUGUCCUUUGAGCAAGCUCUCAAACUCGGACCGCUAGGCUGUUGGUUGUUGAAACAUGUGAUCCUUCACAUUCGCGACUUAGAAGCCGUCCACAUCCAGAUGAUCUCUGCCUUCGACGACGAUGUCAAGGCCAUCGUGGAGACAGCCUGGCAAAACCUGGGAGAUAUUCAGGUCAACACCCAGAUGUCUGCAACGGUCGGCCGAGUGCCAGCAAAGACUUCGAAAGCACCUGUACAAUCAAAAGUUUUGUCUUUUUCAGAGGGGUUGAGUCUACUUUAUUCGUUACUACUUUUUCAAAUCUACAGUGGAGAGACAGAGGCUGUGCAGAUCUUGCAGGAAGUGCUUGAAAAUUGGGGUCAAGAAACAGCCAAGAAGAAAAAAAGUGUCUCGACUGGCAGUGGACAGGGACCUGCCGAUGCUAUUAUGGAAAUUCUCCUCAGUUUUGUGUCAAGGCCGUCAAAAUUCAUGAGGCGGAUCACUAUUCACAUCUUCGAUGCCUUCGCCCCCAACAUCACCGCCACUGGUCUUGAAGCUAUAUGCCGCGUACUCCAAACUAAAGAGAAUCUUCAAGGACAACAAGAGAUGUUCGAAUCAGGAGACGUCGAGAAUGAGGAUGAAGAAAACCUUGCUUCAGAAUUAGAGACGGAAGAGCUGGACUCGGACGUCGAAGUCGCUUCUAUUUCGGAGUCUAGCGAAUCAACAGGAUCCACCACAGAUUCCGAUUCCAAUUCAGACGGCCAAUCUACAGAUGCAGCCGAGGAUGAGGAGGAUGCGGAGCUGGCUGCGUUCGAUGCAGCCCUAGCAUCAGCGCUAGGCACCAGGCGGCUCAACCAAGAAGAUCUCGAUGCCGCUCCAGCUACUUCUGAAUCGUCUUCCGACGCUGACAUGGACGACGAUGAAAUGAUGCAACUAGAUUCAAAGCUUGCGGAAGUUUUCCGCGCGCGAAAUGAGCAACAAUCAAAGAACAAAAAGAAAGAAGCGAAAGAGGCAAAGGAAAACAUUGUCAAUUUCAAGAACCGUGUGCUCGAUCUUGUCGAGUCGUAUUUGAAGCACCAACAACACAACUCGCUGUCCAUGGACUUGAUUCUGCCGCUCCUCAAGCUCGCAAGGACGACGCAAACAAAGCAGCUGGCCGAUCGUGCUUGCAAUAUCCUGCAGCAAUUCUGCUCGCGGUGCAAAGGACCUAAUGCCCCGAACCUAGCGAGUGACUCCGACAGUGGACAUGCUUCUAAUGUUCUCAAGUCGAUCCACGAGGAAGCAUGCAUGGAAUCGUCCCACGCCCAUUCUAAUGUGGCAAGUCUCUCGAGCAUUCUGGUUGCGAAGGCCCUCGUCCGAGCCGAUGCAACGAACAUCCAAAAUAUUGUCGAGAUAUACGCGUCAACAAGAUUGAGGCAACUAACAGACAAGAAAUGCAAAGUUUUGCCGGGUUUCUUCACAGACUGGAACAAUUGGUGUCAAAGUAUCAGAGAGAAGCUAGUGGGAUGA